AUGGGAAAGGAGAAGACCCACGUUAACGUCGUCGUCAUCGGUCACGUCGAUUCCGGCAAGUCGACCACCACCGGUCACUUGAUCUACAAGUGCGGUGGCAUCGACAAGCGUACCAUCGAGAAGUUCGAAAAGGAGGCUGCUGAGCUCGGCAAGGGCUCGUUUAAGUAUGCCUGGGUGCUCGACAAGCUGAAAGCCGAGCGUGAGCGUGGUAUCACCAUCGACAUCGCCCUCUGGAAGUUCGAGACCCCCAAGUACAUGGUCACUGUCAUCGACGCCCCCGGUCACCGUGACUUCAUCAAGAACAUGAUCACCGGUACCUCGCAGGCUGACUGCGCUAUUCUCAUCAUCGCCGCUGGUACCGGUGAGUUCGAGGCUGGUAUCUCCAAGGAUGGCCAGACCCGCGAGCACGCUCUCCUUGCCUUCACCCUCGGUGUCAGGCAGCUCAUCGUCGCCGUCAACAAGAUGGACACCACGAAGUGGUCCGAGGACCGUUUCAACGAGAUCAUCAAGGAGACGUCGACCUUCAUCAAGAAGGUUGGCUACAACCCGAAGGCGGUCGCGUUCGUCCCCAUCUCCGGAUGGCACGGCGACAACAUGCUGGAGGAGUCUGCCAACAUGCCCUGGUACAAGGGCUGGACCAAGGAGACCAAGGCCGGUGUUGUCAAGGGCAAGACGCUCCUCGACGCCAUCGACGCCAUCGAGCCCCCCGUCCGUCCCUCCGACAAGCCCCUCCGUCUCCCCCUCCAGGAUGUCUACAAGAUUGGUGGUAUUGGCACGGUGCCCGUCGGUCGUGUCGAGACUGGUGUCAUCAAGGCCGGCAUGGUCGUCACCUUCGCGCCCUCGAACGUGACCACUGAAGUCAAGUCCGUCGAGAUGCACCACGAGCAGCUCGAGUCCGGCAACCCCGGUGACAACGUCGGCUUCAACGUCAAGAACGUGUCCGUCAAGGAUAUCCGCCGUGGCAACGUCGCUUCCGACUCCAAGAACGACCCCGCCAAGGAGGCCGCGUCCUUCAACGCCCAGGUCAUCAUCCUCAACCACCCUGGUCAGAUCGGUGCCGGCUACGCUCCCGUCCUCGAUUGCCACACCGCCCACAUUGCCUGCAAGUUCGCUGAGCUCAUCGAGAAGAUCGACCGUCGUACCGGCAAGUCGAUCGAGGCUGCGCCCAAGUUCGUCAAGUCUGGUGAUGCCUGCAUUGCCAAGCUUGUGCCCAGCAAGCCCAUGUGCGUGGAGUCGUACAACGAGUACCCCCCUCUCGGUCGUUUCGCCGUCCGUGACAUGCGGCAGACGGUUGCCGUCGGCAUCAUCAAGUCGGUCGACAAGACCGACAAGUCGGGUGGCAAGGUCACGAAGUCGGCGGAGAAGGCGACCAAGAAGAAGUAA